CAAAAAUUUAAAAGGGGGUAUAAUGGUAAAUAUCCGAGAAUACAGCUCGAAAGCUACAAACCACUCGCUUCUCAUCUCACACGCGCCAUCUCAAAUUUCGAUCUUCUUUCACUGCACACAAAGCGAGAGACAGAGAGAGAGAGAAAGUGAAAAAAAAAAGCGAAGAAUACGCAGAUUCCAUCCAAUUUAGGGUUAGGACUUCCCCUAAUUUGGAAACCUAGUCCUGGUUCCUGAUCUGUUUUCCGAAUCGGAAGAGAGGCAAGGAGGGCGAAAACGAAGCAACCAGAAUGGGCGCGAAUUCUAUACCGACGGACGCAACCAUUGAUCUCGAUGAGCAGAUCUCGCAGCUCAUGCAGUGCAAGCCCCUCUCGGAGCAACAGGUAAGAGCAUUAUGCGAGAAAGCCAAGGAGAUUUUGAUGGAUGAAAGCAACGUCCAGCCUGUGAAAAGCCCUGUGACAAUCUGCGGUGAUAUUCAUGGACAGUUCCAUGAUCUUGCAGAGCUUUUCCGUAUUGGGGGAAUGUGCCCUGAUACCAAUUACCUCUUCAUGGGAGAUUAUGUUGACCGUGGUUAUUAUUCUGUUGAAACUGUUACGCUGUUAGUCGCUUUAAAGAUGCGAUAUCCUCAGCGAAUCACCAUCCUUAGAGGAAACCAUGAAAGUCGUCAGGCUUUCCUUCUUGUUUGUUCUGUCUGGCAGAUCACUCAGGUUUAUGGAUUUUAUGAUGAAUGUCUGCGAAAGUAUGGCAACGCAAAUGUUUGGAAAAUCUUUACAGACCUUUUCGACUAUUUCCCACUCACAGCCUUGGUUGAGUCGGAAAUAUUUUGCCUUCAUGGUGGAUUGUCUCCAUCUAUCGAGACCCUUGACAACAUAAGGAAUUUCGAUCGAGUUCAAGAAGUGCCCCAUGAAGGGCCGAUGUGUGACUUGUUAUGGUCUGACCCUGAUGACCGUUGUGGGUGGGGCAUCUCUCCACGUGGUGCCGGAUAUACAUUUGGUCAGGAUAUAUCCGAACAGUUCAACCACACAAACAACUUAAAGCUGAUCGCCCGAGCCCAUCAGCUGGUUAUGGAUGGAUACAACUGGGCUCAUGAGCAAAAGGUGGUUACUAUCUUCAGUGCACCAAACUAUUGUUACCGUUGUGGGAACAUGGCUUCGAUUCUUGAGGUUGAUGACUGCAGGAACCACACCUUCAUCCAGUUUGAACCAGCACCGAGGAGAGGAGAACCAGACGUUACUCGAAGAACACCAGACUAUUUCCUGUGAUCACUUGGAACAGAGUAAUCUCAGCAGCUGCAGCCACAACUGAAAAGUCACAGUUGGUAACUUAAGAAUCUGGUUUCUGUGCAAUGUGUUGAGGUUGCUGUGUUUUAAGUUCAACUUAGUCCCAUCACCGGAAUAUAGUGUGUAUUAUAAGCGAAGAAGGCCCCUUCUCUUAUCUUCCUCUAUAACCAAGAAAAGAACAAAGGUCACUGGACUCGACAAUACCCAUUAUGCACAUUGUUUGGUUGAUGUUAUUAGCUUCUUCUUCUUCUUCUUUCUGCAUCAGAAUGUGUUUUCAUGUGAGAGAUCUUUCUUAAUUUUAUUUCUUGUAAUUCUUCUCUCAAAUUUUACUAUUUUUUAGUCUUAUAAAUCCAAUGAAGCUUAUUGAUUGGAACUUUGAAGUUUUGUUUUUGGAGAUAAUACUUUUCGCUUCUUCGUCUUUCUUUGAA